GCUGCCCGCUGGCGCGCGUUGAGGAAACGGGGGUCCGAGCUCGCACGCGCCAGCCCCAGGUGACAGCCGCGCUCCGGGCCAGGAUCUGACUGAUGAGAUGUGCCCCCAUCAAGACACUAGGCGAAGACAUGUUUAACGUGGGAUGAGAUGCUGCAUUGGCACCAAAGGGCUGGCCGAAAUGGGAGCCUGGCUGAACCCUAGGAAGUUGGUGGUAGCAAGGAGGAGAAGCCAGGGCAGGGCUGAGCCAAAGCAGCCGUGGAGUAUGUGAAUGGCCCCUGGAGUCCUAUCCGCCCUGCUCAUCAUGAUCCAGAGGCUGUGGGCCAGCCGUCUUCUACGGCAUCGGAAAGCCCAGCUCCUGCUGGUCAACUUGCUGACCUUUGGCCUGGAGGUGUGCCUGGCUGCUGGAAUUACCUAUGUGCCACCCCUUCUGCUGGAAGUAGGAGUAGAGGAGAAGUUCAUGACUAUGGUGUUGGGCAUUGGCCCAGUACUGGGUCUGGUUUCUGUUCCACUCCUAGGCUCAGCCAGUGACCAGUGGCGUGGGCGCUAUGGCCGCAGGAGGCCCUUCAUCUGGGCUCUGUCCCUGGGUGUCCUGCUAAGCCUCUUUCUCAUCCCGAGAGCUGGCUGGCUGGCAGGGCUGCUGUGCCCAGAUACCAGGCCCCUGGAGUUGGCCCUGCUGAUUUUGGGAGUGGGGUUGCUGGACUUUUGUGGCCAGGUGUGCUUCACCCCACUGGAGGCCUUACUCUCCGACCUCUUCCGGGAUCCAGACCACUGCCGCCAAGCCUUCUCUGUGUAUGCCUUCAUGAUCAGCCUUGGGGGCUGCCUGGGCUACCUCUUGCCUGCCAUUGAUUGGGACACCAGCGCCCUGGCCCCAUACCUGGGCACUCAGGAAGAAUGCCUCUUUGGCCUCCUUAGUCUCAUCUUUCUCACCUGCAUGGCAGGCACUCUGUUUGUGGCCGAGGAGGCAGUUUUGGGCCCACCUGAACCAGCAGAAGGGUUGUUGGUGCCCUCCAUGUCACGUCGCUGCUGCCCAUGCCAUGUUGUCCUGGCUUUUCGGAAUCUGGGCACCCUAUUUCCCCGUCUACACCAGCUAUGCUGCCGCAUGCCUCGCACCCUGCGCCAGCUCUUUGUGGCUGAGCUGUGCAGCUGGAUGGCCCUCAUGACCUUCACACUGUUCUACACAGACUUUGUGGGAGAGGGGCUAUACCAGGGUGUACCCAGAGCUGAACCAGGAACUGAGGCCCGGAGACACUAUGAUGAAGGCAUCCGAAUGGGCAGUCUGGGCCUCUUCCUGCAGUGUGCCAUCUCCCUGUUCUUCUCCCUGGUCAUGGACAGGCUGGUACAGAAGUUUGGCACACGGUCAGUCUAUCUGGCCAGUGUGAUGACCUUUCCUGUGGCUGCUGCUGCCACAUGCCUGUCCCACAGCGUGGUCGUAGUGACAGCCUCAGCUGCUCUCACUGGGUUCACCUUCUCGGCCUUGCAGAUCCUGCCUUACACGCUCGCCUCCCUCUACCAUCGUGAGAAGCAGGUGUUCCUGCCCAAAUACCGAGGGGACACUGGUAGCAGUGAGGACAGCCAGACAGCCAGCUUCUUGCCAGGUCCUAAGCCAGGAGCUCCCUUCCCUAAUGGACAUGUGGGCCCUGGCAGCAACAGCAUCCUGGUGCCUCCACCUGCUCUCUGUGGGGCCUCUGCCUGUGACGUCUCCAUGCGAGUGGUGGUGGGUGAGACACCUGAGGCCAAGGUUGUUACUGGACGGGGCAUUUGCCUGGACCUUGCCAUUCUGGAUAGUGCCUUCCUGCUGUCCCAGGUGGCUCCGUCCCUGUUCAUGGGCUCCAUUGUCCAGCUGAGCCACUCUGUCACUGCCUAUAUGGUAUCAGCUGCAGGCUUGGGUCUGGUCGCCAUUUACUUUGCUACACAGGUAGUGUUUGACAAGAAUGACUUGGCCAAAUAUUCUGUGUAGAGUGCUGUAGGGCAUUGAAGAGAGGGGUCUGCCUCACAGGGUCUCAGCCCUUAAAGGGCUGCAGAGCUGGACUCCCCAGGUCUGUUGUUGCCUAAGCGGUGUAGCUCUCUGCUGCCAUCCUGAGGCAGUGAGCAUAGAUAGGAGCUGGGGCUUCCAGCUCUGGCUUCAGAGUCUGGCUGGCCCACUGGCAGCUUCCCACGAGGGUGUUCUUCUGAAGUUCUGCAGAAAUGCAAAUGCAACCCUGUACAGGCGCUUUACCAAAACUCCAAGUUAACAGCUAAUCUUCCUGGUUAAGGAAGGAUUUGGGGACCUGAGCGAAUCUCCCUCCAAAGCCGCUCUUGCUCUUGCACUGGAGUUUCUUCUAGGAAACUCUCCUCCACAGGGUUCGACAGGACGGAAGUUGGAAGGAGAAGCCCUAGUAGACAAGAUGAAACCACGUGGUCCACAGCACUGCCUUUUUGCUGAACCCUCCCCCCCAACUGUUUUAGGAAAUUGCUCUGCUUAUUGGCCCUUGUGUUUGCCAUCAUGGAGAUACAGGCCUUUAAAUAUUUAAUUUAUUUGACAAAUGAGAAGAAAAUUCAUUCCCAGCAUUUUUAUGUUGUGCCUAAGAGUUGAGUAGGUUGGGAUCCCAAGAACUGAUUCCCCUAAAAUAGCUGGCCAUUGUGCUAGAUAUUUCCAGAUUCCUCUUCUAGGGUGAUAGAUAUCAUCCCCCAAACUGCUCAGCACAGUACUUUGGGUAAUCUAUGCAUUCUAGUUGAGAGCCAUGAGAUGUCCUAAUUCUAGGCUGGUCAUUGAGGGAAAUGGCAUGGGUCUCAAGGUCUCCACAGCAUACCAAAUUCCAAUUUUCACUUGACCCAGCUUGGCUCCCUUACUCCCCACUCCCCACUAUGGGACUGACUUCUGUAAAGAGAUUGGCCUUCCAACUCUAUCCACUGGCUCCAUGACCUCUAUGGGGCUUUUUGGCCGCCAAGCACAAGUGUGGUUCCUUAGGCCUCUGCCCACCUCAGCCUCUGGGACAUAUCUGUCACAGCCUGGGGAAUCUCAUACAAACUCAGGAGUACUCCCUGACAGAGCCACAGAGCUCUUGUCUGGGGGGAUUUCAGUGCUGGUUGCAAUAAUGUCAUGUCUUAUUUAUUUAGCAGAGUAAAUAUUUUAUACUGUACAGGAUAAAUCAGAGUAUAAUAUUUAUGGUGGUGAAAUUAAAGCUUACUAUACGUUUA